UACACGAAACCUGGACGCAUGUGUAAUACGACGGACGUACGCAAUUGGAGUAAACACAUACGUACCCAUGAAAUCAAGAUAUAGGUACCAACGGCAGUAUAGAUCAGUAAAUUAUAUCGAAAGAGUUAUGGUGCGCGUUUAGCUAUCGUUUAAAUCGGAAAUCUACUCGGAACCACCGGGUACAGCUAUUUCAUUAUAAUUAUAAUGUAUAUUAUAUACUAAGUACUUGUAUGUAUUCGUCAUGUAAUAUAAUCAAUCGCACAUCAGAUUUCAAAAUACGUUUCGUUAGAUAUGACUUAAUUGUAUUGUAAUGUUGUACACAGUACAGACAUAGCAGGCUGGUAGGUACACUAUAUACUAGCUGGUAUAAACAUACAACAGGCCAGACGGUUGAGAAAUGAAUUCGAUGGAAAACUCAGAGACCAGCUACAACUUGCCGACGGGCAGUUGCUCGACAAUGGUCAGAAAUCUAGUAUCUCAAUUCAACGACUUGUUCAGUGAUUUCAAUCGAUACAUCUCUCCGGCCUAUCACCACGACCGAUGCGAACGAUCGGUGCACAUGCGUUUGUAUUCGAUGAACAAACGGGAAUUCGUAAUGGUGUUCAUCGUCCUGUUGACGGCCAUGGGACUGGUGUUAUUCAUCGGAUUGACGGGACCUCCGAUCACACUGACGAGUAAGAUAAGCGGAGUUGAAGUACUGAAGCACACGAACGGAUCUUUGCCACAGGGCCCAUUCGUCAUGAAAACUCCUAGUCUGUCGGUGUAUAACCAACGAUUGUGGUUAAUCGCAGUCGUGCUGACGGACAACAAAGACGACGAGACUUAUGAUAAAAGCUUCAAGAUCAGCAUGGCUAUCAAGGGAAUCACCCCUCAGCACAAAACCACUGAUAUAGUAAAAGUUUUUAAAAACAACAGGACAAGACAUUUACUUUGCAAACAACAGAUAUGUAGCCAAGUGCCUAUUGCUCAUAUUGGCUACAUACACUUUACUCAUUAUACGUUUGAGGUAGAUUUUUAUAAUCUAGAGACUUUUCAUCAAAAGUAUCAAGUAAAAGAAGUCAUGUUCUAUUACAAAUCGUACAACCCGGGAUACACCCAAAUGGAAAUAUGGUUCAGGCUGAUUUAUUUACUCAGCGCAUUUGGAGUACUUUGUUGCUUUGCGAAUUCACUAAGGAAAUUUCCAGUGGUGGAUUGGUCGUACGAACAAAAAUGGACUGUUGUCUUAUUGCCACUGUUAAUAUUAUUUAAUGAUCCAAUAUUUCCUUUGACACUUCUCACAAGCAAUCAACUAAUCGGAAUGUUAGAUGGUGUCUUCCAAAUAACAUUUAUCUGUGCAAUUUUAUUUUUUUGGCUUUGCAUUUAUCACGGAUUACGUCAAAAUGAAAGAAAACCGAUUGCAUUUUAUCUCCCAAAAGCAAUUUUAGUAGGUCCAUUUUGGAUAUGUGGUGUUAUAAUGGCUAAAUAUCGUCGAAUGAAUGAAUUUGAUGACCCAGCAUUCAGUUACGAGAUUGAUUCUAGCGCAUACACAAAUAUCAAGUCUUUUGUAGGCAUUUUUGUAAUCAUAUACAUAGUGUAUCUAGUAUGCUUGAUUUUAAGAGCAUACAGUGAUUUGCGUUCAAUGCCAUAUUUUGAUGCUAGACUGAAAUUUGUAACUAUUUCAAUGGUCAUAUCACUUAUAAUAUGUUCAACCAUAACACAUAUGCAAUAUGGGCUUGGCUUGAUUGAAGACUCAUUUGCUGCAGACUUGAACACAGAAUAUAUGACGUCAGCAUUAUUUAUGACCUUUUAUGGUAUUUGUAAUUUCUAUGUGUUUACAUUGGCUGCUGUUUACUCCCCGACAAAAAAACCAGGAUUUGAGUCUUCGGUAACAAAAGAUAAUCCUGCAUUCUCAAUGGUCAAUGAUUCUGAAGAAGACAUACCAUAUGGUUCAGACGAAGAAAGCCACAAGCCACUAAACCCUCCCAACGAUGACAGUGAUUAAUUAUUUAUUGUUUAUUUGUACAUAAACUCUAUUUGGUCUUUUAUAAACUUUUUCAAGUUCAAUAAUUACAUUAAAAAAGUAAUUUUUCGAAAAAUUACAAUUUAAAAUAUUUGUUUACAAAACUAUGUUCUUGCAAUUUAAACUAAUUAACCCCAAACCUAGUGGUUAGUCAAAAUAAAUAAAUAUUUAACAUAUUUAUUUAUUUUAUAUCAUAUUAUCGAUUUAACAAUAUUUUUUAAAUUAUCAAUAACAACUUACUAAUGACUGAUUAAAAAAUAAGGAUACCAAAUACCAGUUUAGAUUUUAGUUGUUGAGAAAAGUAUUCGCCCAUGAUUUUGUAAAAUAUAUUUAUUUGAAUGUAACUAAUUUAGUCGGAUUAUUCAUUUAUUCAACUUUAUACUAAUGGAUAAAAUGUAUUAUUAUGAAUUAUUUUAAUAUUCUCAAUAUCAUCAUAAUAUUAUCUUUGAUAUUAUAACAUAUUCUGAGAAAUAAGAUCAUAUAUAGGUAAAAUUGUUUUUUCUUUUAUAAUUUAAAGACAGAUUGUAAGAUAUUUCAGUUUUUUCUUAUAUAUUAUGUAUACCAUAUUUUAUUAAUUAAUUUUGUACUUUAACCUUUAUGAAAAAAAAAUGAAUAAAAAGACUUAUCUUAAUUUCAAA